AUUUGCUGCCUCACUCACUCACAGACUCCAUGGAUGAAAUCCCUAAAUUCUUCUUCGUCUUCACGCUCCUCCUUUCCCAAAUAGCUUCCCUUGAUUCCCAGAAGGGGCUUCUUCUCCGGCCCGGGGAUCGGGCGGCCCUCUUGCAACUCACCGCCGGAAUUCGAGGCCCCUCCGGCAACUCGACGACGUGGACCGCCGACCGGAACGGCCGCCUCACCUCCCUCAACCUCACCGGGCUAUCAAUCUCCGGCCGCCUCACGUCCUCCCUCUGCAACCUCACUUUUCUCCAAACCCUAAUUCUCUCCCACAACGCUUUCACAGGUACUCUUCCUCUCUGCUUCAAUUUCCUGCCAAGACUUCAAUUUUUAGACAUCAGCCACAACAAUUUGAGCGGGGACUUGCCCCAAUCCCUUGCUCUUCUCCACCAGCUGUCUGUUCUUGAUCUUAGCCACAAUUUGUUGUCCGGUGAAAUCCCCAAUUGGAUUGGGAACUUCUCCUCCAAACUUACGAAGCUCGACCUAGGAUUCAAUGGCUUCCACGGCGAAAUCCCGGCAACCUUGUUUUCGUCGCCGCCGCCGCUGCAAUACCUCGAUUUAUCCCACAAUAACUUGACGGGGACUCUGUCUGAAUUUCGUGCCUCAUUGGUGUAUCUCAAUUUGGAAUCCAAUUCCUUGUCGGGGACCUUGCCGUGCUUCUUCUCCUCCUCCUCCUCCUUAUCUGUGCUCAACCUCGCCGGUAAUUCCAUCGUCGGCGGGAUUCCCGCCUGCAUUUCCCAUUGCCGGAGUUUGACUCACCUCAACCUAUCCUCUAACCAAUUGAGCUAUGGCCUCUCGCCAAGAUUAGUCUUUUCAGAUUCUUUACUCGCGUUGGAUUUCAGCUCCAAUUUUCUGUCCGGAAACCUUCCAAUAAACAUCGUCGCAACACCGGAGAAAUCGAGCAUGCUAUUCCUCGACCUGUCCGACAAUAGAUUCACCGGCGAAAUCGAAGCAUCAAUAAUGGAUUUGAAAAACUUGCAGGGAUUGUUCCUGUCGCAUAAUCUCCUGACCGGAGAGAUACCGAAGAGAAUCGGGAACUUAACGUAUCUUCAAGCGAUUGAUUUGUCUCAUAAUUUGCUGUCGGGCUCGGUCCCUUCUAACAUCGUCGGAUGUUUUCAGUUGCUUGCAUUGAAGCUGGAUAACAACAAUCUUUCUGGCGGGAUUCCACCGGAGCUCGACGCAUUGGACAGCCUGAAACUACUGGUCUUGAGCCACAACGACAUUUCCGGGGAAAUCCCGCUGACUCUCGCGGGAUGCAAGUCAUUGGAAGUCGUCGACUUGAGCUUUAACAACCUCUCGGGGUCGUUAAAUGAUGCGGUGACCAAAUGGUCGAGCCUCCGGUAUCUCUCCCUGUCGAACAACAAGUUUGACGGAGCACUACCGAGCUGGCUGUUCUCGUUCGAAGUGAUCGAGACCAUCGAUCUUUCCGGAAACAGGUUUUCCGGGAACAUUCCAGAUGGGAACUUCAAUGUUACGUUGAAUUUCAAAACCCGGGACGGCGCUGCCCGGACGAAUGCUUCGUCGACUGAUCUAAACAUGCAGAUCUUGCCAGACGUCGACGGAGCCGAAUUGAGCCUCGAUUAUAGCCUCUCGAGCAUGGUCGGCCUCGAUUUCUCUAACAAUUUGCUGCAGGGGAAAAUCCCGGCGGGAAUCUUCGGAUUGCGGGGGUUGGAGUACUUAAACUUGUCGUACAAUUCGAUCGAUGGCCAAAUGCCGGUCGGUUUGGGGCAGAUGUCGGGUUUGAAGGUCCUCGACUUGUCGCACAAUUCCAUAUCGGGCCCUGUUGAAGACAACAUAACUGGGCUGGGAAACCUCGUUCUCCUUAACAUGUCGUAUAAUUGUCUUUCGGGGACUGUCCCGCCAAUGCAGGGCUACUGGAGGUUCCCUGGAGCGUUUUCCGGGAACCCGGGGCUGUGUUUGGAGACGUUGCGCAACGGUUGCGGCGGCGGGGCGGGGAAGGGGAAGAUGUUGGUGGAGGAAGACGAGGGAGGGGUUGUUUCGAUUUGGAUAUUUUGUUUGAGUGCUUUUGUUAGCUUCUAUGGCGGCGUUGUUAGCCUCUUCUGCUCUGCUCAGGCAAGAAACUACAUUUUGCAGACUAAGGCUUGAUGAUGAUACAUAGAUAGUUAGGGAGGAUUUAGCAUUCAUAUAUGUUAUGGAUAUUUGUUGUGCGUGUGCUUCUUGUAAGAUAGAAGAGGUGGUUGUUGCAAUUAUUUUUGGUUUUUUUU